GAUGCUUGCAGCGAGAUUAGCGGGCUUAAAGAGGUAAAAAUAGAGACAACAUUAGACUCCACUGAGGCAGAGCCAUUGGAGGCUGUACGGAGUAAUUAUACCGAGCAACUCAAACCCAAGCGUUCUGGGUCAGAUGAUGAUGAUGAUGGCUCAGGUCCACCUGACAAGCAUUGGAUUUGCCUUCAUUGUAAAAAGAAGGCAGAGAAGACGAAUCUGCCCGCGAGUACAUGGCAGUUCAAGUACAGCCGGAAUCUCUCAUACCACUACAACACAAAGCACAACGAGAUCGUCAAAAAAGGCCACUUUUGCAAGGAAUGCUGGAAUUCCUUCAGGACUCACAAGCAGCUCCUGAACCACGAGUGCCAGGGCCGGGUUCCUGGCCCUAGA